AAAAAAUAAAAAAAGCAAGAAAAAGAAGAGGGGGACCAAAACCCUUGAGAGAUUGACCCCGCUCAUUUCUCCAAUUCACAGUCUCACUCUGCUCGUGUAUGCAAAUAAUGGCUCGAGAAGAUUUAGACCUCGGUGCUCUAAACCAUGCUCUGAGCUCUGCUCAAAUUUCGAAAGACAAAGAACCGGCUGCUCCCAGCUACUACAGCAACGAAGACGAUGCUGGUGGCCUGCAGAUCACGUGCUUCACUGAAGUCGUCAACGAUACUACUUUCCACUUCCAAAUCAUGCGCCUUCCCAAGCAGAUAUAUGCAUGGAUUGGCUGCAACUCUGCAAAAUUGGGACAUUUGUAUGCAGCAGCACCCAUGAGACCUAACAGUACAGUGGGUGUUACAUCCAUACUUGGUGGGGCUUCUGAUAAUACAGGGUCGAGCAUUGCUCGAAGAUUAGUUUUAAAGACGGGACUGAAUAUAAUUCUGGCUUGCAACAUUCCUAAGAAUAGCCCCAUGAUUGAGGCAGAUGCUGAAAAGUUGUUGGUUCAGAAGCUAAUCAGUCUUGGGUACACAAGGCCAAAGGCAGAAGGAUUGUCUUCAUAGUUGAGGUUUUUCUGAACCUGCUGUUUAUCAGGAAUGCAUACUAGGCUGAUUAUAGUCGUCAAGCUAACACUUUUUCCGCCAUGUUUUGCUUAAACAAGUAUCAAUUAUGUGGGGGGUCUGAGACAGUUGAUCAAGAUUGUGUUCUGAUUGCAAAGUGCUGAAUCAAUUGAAAUAUGAUUUUUGAUGUUUGGCAGGAGUGUAAUGACGAGCAUAGUUUUGUAGCAUUUGGUGAUUGGUUCUGUUUCUUUUAGAUUUUUGCCUAUGAUUGGAAAGUAUUUAAGAAAGCAACCCAAACUUGUGAGUUUCAAGCAUAGUUUUGCAGUACAGUGAUUUGGGGAUCGUUUGGAGUGAUUUUGGAUGGGCCAAUAAUCACUUCUAUGUAGAAUCACUUGAGAAGCAAAUGGAAGGGAGGUGCUUCACCCCAGAAUUGCUUAAAAUCACUGUAUUAUUGUAACCCAUAUGAAAUUAUUUUGCUUUGCUGCUUUGGUU